AAUGGGCAGGCCCAGGGCCUGGGAGGGGAAGGGGAAGGGACGCAGGAGAACGGGACCAUGGGGGUCUGCUGCUCGGGAAGCCGCCACACCGCGGAAGACUCUAAGGCCAGAGAGAAGCUGAAGAAAGCCAAGAUCAUCUUUGUGGUGGGAGGGCCCGGCUCAGGGAAGGGCACCCAGUGUGAGAAGAUUGUCCAGAAGUACGGCUACACCCACCUCUCCACCGGGGACCUCCUGCGGGCCGAGGUCAGCUCGGGCUCGGCCAGGGGCAAGAUGCUGUCGGAAAUCAUGGAGAAGGGGCAGCUGGUGCCACUGGAGACGGUGUUGGACAUGCUCCGAGAUGCCAUGGUGGCCAAGGUAGAUACUUCCAAAGGCUUCCUGAUUGAUGGCUACCCUCGGGAGGUACAGCAGGGAGAGGAGUUUGAGCGGAGGAUCGGACAGCCCACCCUGCUGCUGUAUGUGGACGCAGGCCCGGAGACCAUGACCCAGCGGCUCCUGAAGCGCGGGGAGACCAGCGGGCGAGUGGAUGACAAUGAGGAGACCAUCAAGAAGCGGUUGGAGACCUACUACAAAGCCACGGAACCUGUCAUCGCCUUUUAUGAGAAACGGGGCAUCGUACGCAAGGUCAAUGCCGAAGGCUCGGUGGACAGUGUCUUCUCCCAAGUCUGCACCCACCUGGAUGCCCUCAAGUAGCAGCACGGAGCCCUUCCCCAGCCGAGCCCCGCCCCACCCCUGUCCUGCCUGAGGCUGUCCUGGCCUGAGCUCAGCGCCUCCACCCUGCCCGGCUGGAGCACAGACAGAGGAAGCCACUUUAUCCUGUUUUCAUGGACAGCCAAGCACUAAAGGCAUUUCCAAGGACAUUCGGUUUUAUUCCUUUUUCUUUGCUUUCACUGGAGUUGAUCCACGUGGUAUGGCCUCUCCUAGCCCCUCAGCCCACCUGAGC